AUGUCUUAUAAAUGCAGAAAACAUGAUGUGAACAACAAUGUGCAAACAGAACCAUUAUACUCCGUUCUUGACAGUAACCUGGUGGCAUGUGCCGUGAGCUGUUACAGAAAUAACAGCUGUUUGUAUUUUGUGUACAUCAGCCACAACAAGCGAUGCGAUGGUUACGAGGAAAAUCGUUGUGACGUUGGGGAGGAUGAUGGAACAGCGGGUAUGAGCGUUGGAAGCCUGGGGUACAAACACACGUGCAAGAAGAGAUGCGAAAAGCGAAAAGCAAAGUACAAUGUGCACCUCAAGACUGGACGGGAACGAAAUGCUGGUUCGAAAGCAGACUUAGUGUUAACCCUCGAAGGAUGGUGUGGACAAGUUAGAAAGGAACUGACAAAUGGCAAAGACAUCAGACUAAGAAAAGGACGCGUAGGUACACUCAAGUUUAUUGCCGAUUCUGUCUGCGGGGUGAAAACAAUUGGUGUUGCCUUUUCUGAUCCAUGUCACAAAGAUGAUUGGCUCAUGGAAUACGUUGAAGUGGUCACUGUAGAGAUGGCGACACGCAAUAGAGACAGAAAGACGUUGCAGACGAACUACUGGCUCAGUGCACAUGGUGAUGAUGAGGAGGAGGAGGAUGAUGAGCAUACCACCGGAAUAAAAUGUGUCAAUGUUCAGUUUCCGGGUUUCAUCUCCAUUAUUAAAAAACAAUAUGCUACCUGCAGGUCUUACCAGAUAUGUGGGUAG